AUGGUUCACGUUUUAUUAGGUUAUCUAAAUGAAAAAAAAAAAAAAAAUGAAUUGAAAGAAAAAAAUAUAAAUAAAAAGUUCAUUUCAAAAAUAGGGGGAAAACCAUUCUGGCUAGAUAGAAUAAAUUUGCCGAAUGAAAAGCAUUUCUAUUGUACUGUAUGCAAUGAAUUAAUGUGUUUUUUACUUCAAAUAUAUGCACCUGUUGAAUUAAGUAGAUGUUUUCACAGGUGCUUAUAUUUAUUUGUUUGUUUAAAAUGUGGUGAUCAAGCUAAAUGUUUCAGAACUCAAUUACCUCGAAAUAAUUCCUUUUAUAAUGAUUAUUUAGAAAAGAUGAAUUAUACAGAUAAUGAAUCAAAUGAACUAAAUGAGUCAAACGAAUUAAAUAAGUCAGAUGAAUCAAAUGAAUCAAAUGAAUCAGAUGAAUCAAAUGAAUCAGAUGAAUCAAAUGAAUCAGAUGGAUCAUAUGAAUUAAAUGAAAAAAAUGAAUUUAAUAAGUCGAAUACAUUAAAUACAUGUAUCACUUUAAAUAAACAAAGCCAAGAUGAAUCAAAUGAACCAGAUGGAUCAAACAAAAUGAAUUUUAAUUUAACACAUAGAAAAACAGAAAAUGAAAUUUCUAACGACUACAUAAGUACAUUUGAAAAAUUUAAUAACACUUUUAAUAAAAAAUUAGAAUACUAUUUUUGUUGUAAAAUAUGCGGUAUUCCAAUUGCAAAUGCAAAAAAACAUAAAGUUUGUGAAUUAAAAAAUCAUGUAAUAUUUGAAGAAAAAAAAAUAUACAUUAGUGAUGAAGAUGACUGUGAAAGUAGUAGCACAGGUAGCGAAAGUUGUUCUGAAACACAUGAAGGAACUUAUAUAAAUGAAGAUUGCAGAAAUUUACACAAAACGAAUAAUGAUGAAAAUGAAAGAAAAAAAAUAUUUAACAAAGAUGAUAAAAAGAGUGAUAUAAUAAAUGAUAAUAAAAAAUGUACGAGUGAAGACGACAGUGAUUUAGAUAUAAGUGAAAUGAAAGCAUUUGAAGAUAUUCAAAAAGAAAUAGAGAAUAAGAGAAAAAUUGAUAGCAAUUUCAAAAAUUACGUAAAAAAAAUUCAAAGGUUUCCUAGACAAAUUAUAAGAUAUUCUUAUAAUGGAAUUCCUCUGUAUCCAUCAUGUUAUAAUUACAAUUAUAAUAGAAAUAAUAUAUGUGAAGAAAAAGAAAUAAGCGAACUUUUACAUACGAAUAAAAAUAAAUUACCAAAUUGUCAUAUAUGCAAAGGAAGAAAAAUUUUUGAAUUUCAGGUUUUAUCAACUAUUAUAAACUAUUUAAAAAUUAAAAGAAAAAUUUUAGUUAAUACAAAUAUCGUAUUAAAUUCAAAUUUCUCUAUCAUUGCUGUAUAUACAUGUGAAAAUAACUGUGACAUAUAUGAUAUAAAUGAAAUAAAUUUAAAAAAAAAUAAAUCAGAAAUUAAUAGGUACAUACAAGAAUAUGCUUACGUUCAGAUAGAAAAUUAA